AUGCCAUCCUCCGUCUCCCAGGGAUUCCUUUUGCUAGCAGGCCUGUGCUGCCUUUUCUCUGGCUCCCAGCCUCAAGAUCCCCUGGAGAUUGAUGUGGAACAACAUGGCCAUGAACAUCAGGAGCUUCUCAGCUGCCAAUGCAUCGCCUACAGCAUCAUCCAGUUGACCUUCACCUUGUAUCGGAAGUCUGGUAGUUGGGCAAAAGAUACCAACAUCUUAUUCUCUCCAGUGAAUAUUGUUGCUGCCUCUUUCAUGCUCUUGCUGGGGGCAAAACCCAACAUGCACAGCCAGAUCCUGGAAGGACUGGACUUCAACCUUACGGAAACACCUGAGCAGUACAUCCACGAAUGCUUCCAGCAACUUACGUAUAUCCUCUAUCUGCCAGACCACAAGUCACAGCUGACAAUGCAGAGCAGCCUAUCCACUGCCCAGAGUCUGAAGCUUACAGACAAGUUUGUGAAGAAUGUCAAGGGUUUGUACUACUCAACAGCCAUUGCUGUCAACUUCAGUGACACGCAAAGAGCCCAAAAUCAGAUCAACGAGUAUGUACAGGGUGAAACCCAAGGGAAAAUAGUGGGAUUGAUCAAGGAUCUGAAGACAGACACAGCUUUUGCCUUGAUGAAUUACAUCUUCUUCCAAGGUAAACUGUAUGAUAAACCAUUUGAGGAUGAAUACAUCUUGGAAGAGGACUUCCAUGUGAAUGAGGAUCAAAGAACCUCCAGUAACCUUGCCUUAUCUAUGGAAACUGAAGGCCAAGCCUUAGCAUGGGGAGUCAUAGAAUCUCAAGUCAGAGUCACAAGUCUCAGAACACACCUGAAUCUCACUGGAGAGCUUCCUGGGCAAAGGACAGUGGACCUGCACUUUCCCAAGUUGCUUAUGUCCACAACCUAUGACCUGAAGACUAUUCUGAGCACACUGGGCAUUACCCAGAUCUUCAGUAACGAGGCUAACCUCUCAGGGGUCACAGAGGAUGCGCCCCUGAAGCUCAGCAAGGCUGUGCACAAGACUAUACUGACCUUUGAUGAUGACGUCAUAAGUACUUUAAGGAACACUAUUUGGAGUAAGAUGGAAUUGACUGGAAUUCCUGAUAUCAGAUUUAACAGGCCAUUUGUAAUUGUCAUAAAAGAGGAAUAUACCAAUUCCAUCCUGUUUGUGGGAAAAGGGAAUAAUCCUACAGAAAACAGUUGA